CCUCCUUUUCCAGCUGCCUAUCACCUCCCUCAUGAUUCUGCCUUAUUCUACUACCCAUAGUGCUUUCCCUUUACAUUCCUUCUUCACCUUUCCUGCCUACCCGCUCCCUGCUUCCCCUCUGAUCUUUCCUCUGAUUGGUUUUUCACCUGGCACCUACCAGCCUUCUCCUUCUCACCCUCCCCCACCGUCUUUAUGAGGCCCCUGCCCCCCUCAGUCCUGACGAAGGGUCUCGGCCCGAAACGUUGACUGUUAAUUUCCACGGAUGCUGCCCGACCUGUUCAGUUCCUCCAGCGUGUUGUAAGUGUUGCUUUGACCCCAGCAUCUACAGCGUAUUUUGUGAUUAAAGUUCAGUUAUGGCAUUGAAUAUCCCAAUAUUAAUGUGAUUGAUUCCUGUCAAUAAAAUGUAUUAAGAUUUGACCCCGGGGGAAGCAAAACAGCCUUCAGUGGUUCCUUACUACAAUGGUUUCGUGUAGUUGGGCUGAAUGACGAAGCAGAGUGAAACGUCAGUACCUGAGUUCAGUAAUGAUGCAAAUAGGUUGGUAGGUAUAAGUUUCUGGUGUUACUGGACCGCCCACAAUCAACAAAUGCUUCAAAUUUCCAGAAGAAAGGUGCUGUCUAUUUGGUAGCUGCCAUUAACAUGCGGGAUUACGACGAAGUUACCGCUUUCCUGGCAGGCUGGGGACCACAUCAGAAACUCAUCUUCGCCCUUCUGAGUGUCAGCGUCAUUCCCAACGGUUUCUCCGGAUUAAGCAUAAUUUUCGUCGGAGAUGUCCCAGAACAUCGCUGCUUAAUUCCCGAGAAUCUCAACCUCAGCGAAGCAUGGAGGAACAGGACGAUCCCGCUACAGGGUCCCGAACAACAGCGCAGCAAGUGUACUCGGUACCGGCUGGAUGUGAUACUGAACCUUUCGCAGACAUUCCCCGACCCAGACUUCCUCAACGUGUCUGAGAUCGAACAGGAACCGUGUCUGGAUGGAUGGGAGUACAGUAAGGAGCAGUACAUCUCCACUAUCGUCUCCGAGUGGGACUUGGUGUGUAACAAUAACUGGAAAGAACCAUUUGCUGCAUCAGUGUACUUCACGGGAGUGUUAGUAGGUUCCUUUAGUUCUGGAAUAUUAUCAGACAGGUUUGGGAGGAAAAUUGUUAUGUUUGGGACAAUGGCAGUACAGAUAAUAUUCAAUAUACUUAUCACAUUCUCACCAAACUUGGAAUUUUUUUGCCUGAUUAUUUUCUUCAAAGGUUUUGGUGAUAUUUCAAAUUAUGUGGCUGCCUUUGUUCUUGGAUCUGAACUUCUUUCAAAAUCCAUUCGAAUUACAUACUCUACACUUGGAGUUGGCAUCUUUUAUGCCAUGGGCUAUAUGAUCCUGCCUUUUUUGGCAUAUUUCAUAAGGGAAUGGCGGAUGCUGACAUUGACCUUGGCUCUCAUUUGUUUGGUGUAUAUUCCGUUGUGGUGGUUUAUUCCUGAAUCUCCACGCUGGCUAUUAUCUAAAGGAAGAAUAGAGGAAGCUGAAUCAAUAAUUCGACUCAUGGCAAAGAAAAAUGGUGUCACUCCUCCAGCGAUGCUUUUCAGUGAACUUGAGCUCGAGCACAUAAAGAAUUAUAAAGUAAAAUCUGUUCCAUUUACUCAGUUGUUAAAAACCCAUAAUAUCCGAACCAUUACAAUCAUUAACAUUCUGAUCUGGAUGAUUAUAUCAAUUGGAUACUAUGGCCUGUCAUUGAACAUACCAAAUCUCCAUGGUGAUGACUAUCUCAAUUGUUUCCUCUUUGCUGCCUCAGAGAUUCCAGCCAACGUAGCAACAUGGCUUCUCUUCCAGAAGUUUCCACGCAAGAUCAACCUUUCAUGCAUUCUCUUUCUUGGUGGAAGCAUCCUGCUCUUCAUUCAGCUCAUCCAAUCACAUUUUUCAAUACUUGUCACAGUGCUGAUAUUAAUUGGAAAAUUGGGAAAUUCAUGUGCUUUUUCCAUGGCUUUUGUCUACACCGCUGAACUGUAUCCGACCCCACUGAGAAACACAGGUGUUGGAGUGAGUUCAAUGGCAUCCAGGCUCGGCAGUGUCAUUUCACCUUACAUUGUUUUGCUUGAUACUUAUCAGGAGAAUCUGUCACUGAUUGUGAUGGGAGUGCUGACAAUGACUGCAGCAAUUGUGGUUUUGUUUCUGCCAGAAACAUUUAAUGUUCCUCUCCCAGAUACGAUUGACCAAAUGCAGAAAGUCUAUUGGUUCAAAGAUACGGGACAUGCUCAUUCUGAUUUGAGCAAAAAUGAAACAACAGGAAAAAAUAAGGUGAUUAUUCUUGAAGAAGCAGCUUGACACAGAUUUUCAACAGCAGGCAAAUAGCUGAAGAUUUCACCACAAAUUGUUUAAAGUUCAAAGUAAAUAUUGGUCACCAUAUACAAUACAGCUCUGAGAUUCAUUUUCUUGUGGGUAUGAACAGCAAAUACAAGAAACCAAACAGAAUAGACAAUCAAUGUGCAAUAUAUAACAAACUGUACAAAGACAAAAAAGAAAUAAUAAAUAAACAAUAAGUAUCGUGAAAAUAAAUUGUAGACUCCUUGAAAAUGAGUCCUUAUGCUGUGGGAACAGUUCAGUGAUGGGGAAAAUGAAGCUGGUUGAAAUUAUCCCAUCUGGUUCAAGAGCCUGAUCGCUGUGCAGCAAAUAACCGUUCCUGAACCUGGCGGUGUGAGUCCUCAGGCUCUUGUACAUUUCUCCUGAUGGCAGCAAUGAGAAGAGAGCAUGACCCAUAUGAUGGGGACCUGAUGGAUACUGCUUUCCUGCGACAGCACUCUGUGUAGAUGAACUCAGUUGGAUUAUAGAUUGGCAGAUUCUUCUGCAAAACAGUGAAAGUGUGAAAAAUGGGAGUCCACUCUAAAGAGCUCAGAUAAUCUGCUUGGAACAGGAUUUGGUGAUUCUUACGAAGUUUUAACAAACAAAUUUUCUGAACCUUUUUUUUUCUCCAAGGCACUGGUGACUGUUGGUUGUAGUUGGUCAAAGACUUCUUCGAGCUUGUUGAAGUCCCCUUGCAAUGGUCGGGAAGACAUCACAGUGCAACAGUGUUGACUGUUGAUAAUGGCACUCAUCUAUUCCAGCUUGACAUUUGCAAGUGGUGGAACAUACACAG